AAAGAGAAUGAGGAAUAGAAAAAACAAGUACAAAAGAUCCUAAAGCAGAAAGAAAAUGAUGCAAAGAAAAAAACCGUUGUGCCAAAAGAAAAAAAAAAGGGGGUCUGAUAGUAAAACAACGUCUACAUGGAGAAGGAAGUGCGCCGAGGCCAUUGGCAAGAGUAGUUUUGAGAAGAAGGUAAUAUCGUCUAUGGAGCCGACAUUUCAGGUGGCAUUAUACAGUGACCGCUGCUAUGCGAAAGUUAAAGAACUUUUCCAUAUGUACCGUAAUGGCUUAGUUAAAAAUACCAAACCAGGGAAGCAAUUGAAACAGUCGUUUUUCAUGAACCUGCAAGGUCUGUCAGAUGAAGAUAGUUUCACUGUCUUAACAUCAGUGACAGACGGUAAUCGGACUAUAAAAGAGGCCGAGCAGGAUGCACGGAAUACAAAACUACUAAAGGAUAUUAAAAGAAAUUCCUAA